AUGAUAAGCCUAGGCGUGUAUAGGGUUCCUUUAGUUGUCACCCAAGUAUCGUCCCUGUUUAUCUUUAAGCAGCCACAUCGCAGCAAAAAAUAUCACUAUGCUCUUCCACCUAAAGUGUUACCGUUUGACGCAAAGAUCGAUGUCAACGAUCCUUUACUUUAUAAGACAGUCGAACCAAUUCCAAAGUGGCAGCAUUCUGGUAACAAUUGGGACCCUGUCGUAAUGAAGAUGACUGGAAUGAUGUUAUACGAUGGUGAAAGAGAAACGGCUCGUGAAAUAAUGCGCAAAACCUUUACUGAGAUCAAGUUUCUGCAGAUGUCUAAGCGGAAAAAGUUAACCGGAGAAGAAUAUAGUGCAGUUGAAGUCAAUCCUAUUAAGAUAAUUAAUCAAGCUGUUUCAAACUGUACUCCACUUCUUAUUCUCCACUCCGUUCGUCGUGGAGGUUUUAUCUAUAAGGUUCCUGCUCCUCCGCGUGAUGAAGUUAUCGCUAGGCACAUUGCGAUUCGUUGGAUUUUGGAGUCAGCUAGAAAAAAGGACAAAAAUCAGAGAAUUUGGAUCUCCCUUUCACGUGAACUUGUUAAUGCUGCCAACAACGAAGGAAUGGCUAUUGCUAAAAAGAAGGAGCUUUCAAAGCAAUGCCGAACACGUGUCGUGGGUGAGGUUGACCGAGGAGAUACCGUGACGGAUUAUCUUGACGAAGAGAGGGAGCGUGGCAUAAGCAUAAUGAGCGCUGCUGCAUGCCUGACCUGGAAACACCACGAUGUACAUCUCAUUGAUACUCCUGGCCACGUCGAUUUCACAUUCGAGGUAGAGCGUGGACUCGCGGCCGUUGAUUCCGCAUUGAUAAUUAUCGAUGCCUGUAAAGGAGUCGAGAGCCAAACUCGAACUGUGUGGUCACAAGCAGAUCGCUACCAGUUACCUCGAAUGAUUUUUAUUAACAAAAUGGACCGUCCAAUGGCAGAUUUCGGCAAUUCCCUCGAUUCUCUUCGCCAGCGCUUUAGUGGAACUUUCUUUCCCAUUCAAAUGCCUGUGUUUACUGGCAAGGAUCGUUUCAUAGGAAUUGUUGAUUUACCUUCUUUUACUCUCAAGAUUUGGCCCAAUCCGGAUGGUGUGCAGUCAUCUCAGGUGGACCUCUUUAAAGUUCUUGCCUCAGACGGGCCAUCGAAGUCCGGUGACUGUGCCGUUGAUUUUACCACAUUAAUACCACUGGCACUGAAGGCUCGUGAGCAACUACUCGCUUCGUUGGCUGAUUUAGAUGAUGCCUUCGCGAAUGAGUACCUCCUCGUCGAUAAUCCUGAACGCCUGCUUCCAGUAGACGUCGUCUCUGACUGUGUACGAAAGGUUACGAUUUCCUCUCGUGGUUUCCCUGUCCUGGUGGGUAGCAGUCGUCGAAAUAUUGGCGUCGAGCCAGUUCUCGAUGGUAUUGUUGAUUACCUUCCUGACCCAUCCCAACGUCUUCCACCACCUCUAAUCACCAACAGUCUUCGCCGAAUUCAAAAUGCCUCUCGAGGGAAUCAGGCACCCCCAGUACUUCUCACAUUCAAGAUUCUUUUCGAUCCCCAGCGUGGUCCACUUUCCCUGACUCGCGUUUUCUCCGGGUCAGUGAAGCCUGGGAUGCAAAUAAAAAACUGGACACGCCGGGACCUCGACGAAGUAUCUUGUAUCGAAAAGUUGACUGGCGACGCUUACGAGAACUUGGACUCGGCGGGCCCCGGCUACAUAGUGGCCCUAAGCGGUCUGCAAUCUACACGAACUGGCGACAUCCUCGGCCCCGUUAUUGAGUGUCGCGCCGAACCCGAAGAGGCAGAGGCAAUGGACGACGGCAUGGAGGGCGCCUUUGUGCCUCAGCCAGUCAUCCACGCAGCACUGGAACCACGAAGCUCUUCGGCAUUCCGAAAUCUGGAACGAGCCUUGGCAUGUAUGCAACGCGAGGAUCCUAGUUUCAAGGCGAGCUUCAACUCGGAGACUGGCCAGUGGGUAAUCGCUGGAAUGGGUGACCUGCACCUCGAAAUUGUACUCUCACGUCUUCGUCGUCAGUACAAGUUGGACGUCAGCAUGGGUCCUCUCCUGAUAUCUCACAAAGAAAUGCCAGAAGGAGGCAAUGAAUCCGUUGGUGCGACUACUUCGACUGGUAUCGUUGGAGGUCGUCAACGAACAAUUUUUGUAGAACUUGUCGCUCGGUCCAGUGGCCAUCUGCAUGCAUCGGAAACACCCCAGGUAACUUUCAACAAGGCUUGGAUCCACCAAGGUUCAGUCGGCGUUGGGCACUCCGGUUAUGGUGACCCCCAGUCUGCAGGCACUCUCAGCAAGAUAAUGGCGUGUGUGCGUCAGGGAUGCGAGGUCGCCUUAAUGACGGGUGGGCCGUUGCUGCAUUCGCGUGUUGUCGGUGUGAGUUUGCACGUGCGUCGCAUCGGCCAACUGCCAACCUCGUCAACAGUCACCCCGGAUGCCGACCUGACCCGAAUCCAAGUUCCCACAUCCUCGCAGAGUUUCGUCUCCUUUACGGCGCUUCUCAGGUCAGCCGUCAUGAAAGCCGCUAAUGAGGCCCUUGUUGGUCUUCCAGAUUGGAAAGUCAUGGAACCAGUCAUGGCGGUGGAACUUCGAUUACCUAUAGACGUCGGCUCAGGCAAGGACACCUCGGUAACUCCCUUCAUAAGCGAGUUGUCGCGUCGACGUGGGGAGAUUGAGGGAGUCGAAGUGGUCCAGCUUGCCAAUGGUACGCGUGAAUGUUGUCUUCAAGCCUUUGCUCCUCUCGCAGAAUUGCAGGACUUUUCAGCAACUGUUCGAAGUCUCUCUUCGGGCAUGGCCGACCUCAGCCUCCGGCUGGCGGACUUUCGACCUGUCUCGGCCGAUCGCCAAGUUGAACUCCUCAGGCGACUCGGCAAAUUCAGUUAA